AUUUUUUCCCGUUUCAUUUUCUUGGCGAUUAUUUACUUUUCUGUUCCCAUUGCUCGUCACCAUGGUCUCCAUUGGUUCCAGUUCAUCAAGCAAAGCAUCUCUGAACACCACCUCCACUCAAAGUACUAUGCCUGAUUUACUCAAUUUUCGAGAUUUGGGAGUCUCAACGGCUGACAAUGACGCCGGCAAACAAUACAUAAAAGAAGGCUUCAUUUUCCGCUCUGCAUCGCUUGAUAAACUCACACAGCAGAAUGUGGAAGACUUUAUAAAAGAACACAAUAUCCGAACCAUCAUCGAUUUACGGUCGACAGUUGAAGGCGGUGAACAUGUACCCAUCGACCAAAGUUUCCCUACCACUGCCAUUCAAAAGGUCCGCAAGACGGAUUUGGUGGCGGAUGCACCCAUCAUCAAUGUCGAUACAAAUCAUCCCAAGGAAGAAAAGCCCAAUGUGAUUGUUGAACGGGGAAAACAACUCCAAAGUCAAGUACUGCGUAAAAAGUAUAGAAUUGACUUUGCAGGAAGAAAUUUUCAACGAUCGUGCAUAUGGAUGUCUUGUACACUGCGCCUGAAAGUUAUCAUCAUUGUAUUGAUGAUAUUAUGUCAGCGAAAGAAGGCCGCCGUGUAUGUGGCACGAGAAGUCUUGACGCCUAUGGGAGUCGCCAACAUGUACAAGCAGUUUGUCACUUACUGCCAGUCCGAAAUUCUGGAAGCAUUGCAGGUGUUUACCGAUCCCGAGAACUAUCCUAUCCACGUGCAUUGUACGCAAGGCAAAGACAGAACAGGACUUGUCUCUUGCUUAAUCGAAUACAUCGCCGGAGUGCCGGAAGACAUCAUUGUCAAGGACUAUGCCAAAACACAAGCUGGUUUGGAGCCGAUUCGCACGGAAAUGCUCGUCGAUUUGAAAAAUGCUGGUUUAUCCGAAGAAUUUGCCAAUGCCCCACCCAAAUUUAUGGAGGAGCUGUUAGGGUUCCUGAAAGAAAAGUACGGUUCUGUCACCGGGUUCCUUGAUCACAUCGGUUUCAACGAAGCGUCUCGCCAGCAGGUUCGCGAUAUCAUUGUAGCAUAAAUAUUAUCAUUACCUGCCUACGUCCAUCUGUCUACGUCCAAGCUUGACGACUGUCUGUAUAAACAAUUUUGUCAUUACAUGUAUAAAAAAAGUAUUUAUAUUAAAGGGACAUGCCUUGAACGGGGAAAUGCU